AUGAAUCCGCCCCGUGAUUCGCGCGACUUGUCAAAGUCUCGUGGCCGCAGCAAGGAUUCCCGCAAGAAGUUCAAGCCGAUCAAGGCUACGCUCGGGCCGUACGACCCGCUCGCCAGCCUCCAGCCCAGCACAUACAUGCCGAUCUGCCCGAUUCUUGCGGCGGCCGUGGCUGCUGUCUCGCUCUCCGGCCAGCGCCUCCACCAACCGCCUCGCCGUCGCCCUACCUCAACCUCAGCCUCGAGCUCGACCUCCUCGGCCCCGGCCGGUUCUCAGCCGCCCAUCAUUGCCGAAAUCACUGGGCCCUACCGUAUCACGACUAAAAGCCGCUUCGAGAAGCGCGCCGGCGAGAAGCUAUUUGUCGAAAUGACGAUCGACCUGAUGGGCGUCAACGAUCCGACGCGCCGCUACGAGCAGAUCAUGGGCCGUCCCGUCAAAACUACCCGGAUUACGGACAAGAUGUGCCCGGAGCCGGAGGGUGGCCAGAUGUUGGUGGCGCCCGAGAUGGCGCAGCUGAAGUACUCGGUCGAGUUGCCGCUGGGGGAGCCCGUCGAUUUUGACUGGGAACAACAAUUCGCCACCACCCCCCAGCAGCCCAUCCCUCUCAACUUUCAGCCCGUCACCGGGGCCGACAAACCGGCUCUCCCUCCGAAGUCUCCCACCUCGGCCUCCUCGAGCUCAUCCUCCUCGGCGGACCUGCGUGGCCCACUCAACGUCGGGCUUCGCGUCAGCGCGCAGCGCCGCGGCAACCUCGGCCAUCUCCUCAUCCGCAACGCCGUCGAGAUCCACUUUGACCAGUCACCGAAUCGCCCGAAUGCUGAGCUGAAAGGGACGCUGAAAAGCGCCAGCCAGCUUCCCGGAAAUCCUCCACAAAUCGUCGAGCUCGUGUCUGUGGGGCGCGGAAUAGUCCGCAUCGAGAAUGAGAUUACUGUUCCGCAUAUGCCUGGAGCCCCGCCCGGCGUCAUCCCCAUCCCCCCUGGCGGCCAGCCGUCCCGUUACAUCAGUCGAUACCGCAGCGUCUCCCCGGUCGUCACCAACCUCGCCUAUCGCUCCAACGGACCCGAUUUCCGCUCUCCGCGGACGGCUCGCUCGCCGAACUCGCCGGCCAAGUCGGGCCACGCCUCGCCGACGGUCAGCCCGAACACACAGACCGCCAGGGAAGUCGAGAAGCAGAAGCAGAAGGAGGAGGCUAGCUCGGAAUCCCCAUCUGAAGCCGACCCGAGCGUGUGCCCCGUCACUGGCGUCUCCAUCGAGCGCCUCCGCGCCGCGUCCCCCGCUGAGCGCAGUCGUAAUACGGUAUCGACGGUGUCCCUCGGCCGCCCUUCUCGCUCCCCGCGCACACGACUCUCCAGCGUCCGCACCGCGUACCGUGACCUCAGUGGCCUUGGCGGGCAGCGCACCCCAGCCAGCAAGCAGGAGGAGGUGGUGAACUGCUCGACAAAGUCCGGCGCCCGCAGACUGUCCAGUGGAUUCCCGACGGCCAUCUCCCCCGGCGGCACCGGCUCGCCCAGCCAGUCCAAGAAGAAGCCGUCUCCCGCCAAGAGCCACGCCUCGACCUCGCGCUCUUCCAAUUCAUUCUGCAAGACGAACCGCUUCGCGUCGAAGCCGAUCGGCUACCCGCCGGCCAAGUCCACCUCGCAGCACUCGUCGUCCACCUCAUCCAAAAGCUCGAAAUGCCGCUCCACCCGCUUCGCCGCCGUGCCCUCGGUGCUCAAGUCGCUCAAAUCGCUCAGCCCAUCGGCCAGACGCACCCCGAAAAAGAAGGGCAGCAUCUCGCAGGCGCCGCUUGACGAGACGCAGCCCAUCAGCGACGCCAUCAAUGAAGCGAUCGGCAUCUCGUGCGCAUCGAGCCCGCGUACCCAACUCACGCAGGCCACCCAAACCGAGCCGGGCAACAACUCGGCCGCCCGCGACACCUCCGCCACCACGCCGGCCAACCGCGUGGCCAAGCCCGUCCACCACCACAAGCCGCGCAAGUGCUGCCCGAAAUGUGGCCACGACCUCAACAAGACGGGCCCGGUGUCGCCGCUGAAGCUGAACCAGCAGCAGCAGCAGCCUCAGCCCGAGCCCGAGCCCACCACCGUCAACCCGAACAUCUCCAUCGUCAAGACCGACCAGGGCAAUCGGCUCAGGGUGCUCGUCCGCGUCGACGGCUCCCAGGCGGCGGCCAACGUCUCCGGCCUUCGCGCCAAGGUCAUCGUCCGCGCCAGCGGCGACCUGAAGCCGACCAACGUCGUCGUGCGCCCCGUCGACAAGAAG